GAGCUGCUCCUGCCCGGGAUCGGCAUGUCCGGGACGGGCUGGCAGCCGCUGCCCGCGGCGCAUGGUGACAAGAAGGCAAAUGAAGCUUCUUCCAAGGCAGGAGAGAAAAAAGCAGAGGCGGAAGAGAAGAAACAAGCAAGUGCUAAUGUCAGCCAGCCGCCCAAAACAGAGACAAGUGGAGCAGCUGCUUCUGCUAAGAAGCAGUCUCCUUCUGCAGAUGCACCAAAACCACAAAUUAUGAAGCCAUCUGAAACUAGGUCCGCACCGACAACCCAAGCAGGAGCUGAAAAAACCACCCAGUCAGACAAGCCAACAGACUCUCCAAAUAAGCAGCUGUCUGAAGAGAAGCAAAAGGAACCCAAUGAUGGAAAAAACCAAACCACACCUACUGUGUCAACAACUUCUAAACCAAAUAACACAGGAAAAGUAAUUACAACUCAGGCUGGCCAGCCUCCAGCAGCAACCUCUGCAGAGACAGCAAAGCAAAAGUCUGAGGAGAUGUCCACAGUGACUGGUGCAGCUGCUGGGACAGGCACAGCUGGUGCAAGUGUGGUUCCUGCUGCUGACAAAUCAAGUACUGAGCCUGCUAUGGAUGAGUCAGCACUUGAUAGCCUAAUAGAUACCCUUGGUGGACCUGAGGAAGAUGUGCCUACUACUCCUGUUUACACUGGCCCAGAAAUUACGGAAGAUAUAUAUUCAAGAUAUUUGGAAGAAUUGGGCAAACGGGAAGGUAGUCUCCCUCCAGAGUAUGUUAAACUGUUGAAGAGCAAAGGAUAUGGCAAAGACGUGGUCCCACCAAAACCGAAUGAGCAAGAUGAAAAGCCAAUGACGGAUGAUGAGCUUGCAGAAGCCCUGUCAUCUGACUUCACCUGCAGUGCUGAUUCUGCUCAGGAGAAGAAGACAAGUCUGACAGAGAAACCAAAUAAAGAAGGAGAAAUUGUGCAAGCACAAGCAGCAAGUUCAGUUAAGACCUCAGCUCCUCCUAAGGAGAAGAAAACAAAAUCAAAAGAGGAAAUGAAAGAUGAUGCAAUGGAUGCUCUUCUUGAUACUCUUGGAGGACCUGAACCUGAACCUGAAGAAGAUCCUACCCCUAUUGUAGAGGUGUCAGAGGCAAAAGCCAAAGAGAAAAAGGAACAAAAGGCUGGAGAACGUGAUGAUACAAUACCUCCAGAGUACAGGUUAACACCAGAGUUGGAUAAAGAUGGAAAACCAAUAUUGCCGAAGCCUGAAGAAAAACCAAAGCCUAUGAGUGAAUCUGAUCUUGUUGAUGAAUUUUCAAAGGAUUUUGCCUGCCCUGCACAGCCUGCAGUACAACCCAAAGCACCAAAGCCCAGCAACACAUCCAAAAAGCAGUCAGGUUCUGUUUCUGCAAAAGCUGCUGAGGAUAAGGUGGUCCCCCGUGCCACAGCUUGCACUGUGCAGUCUGCAGCUCCUGUGUCUUCAGUUGGUCCUGUGUCAGAUGAAGCACUGGAAGCCUUGUCCAGUAGCCUGGGAAAGAGAGAGCCUGAUCCAGAUGAGAAAAAGCCUGUUGUGGACAAAGUUAAGGAGAAAAGCAAAAAGAAACAACAUAAAAAACUGGGUGAAGAAGAAGAAACAAUUCCUCCAGAGUACAGAUUAACAGAAGCCAAAGAUAAAGAUGGAAAACCACUCCUACCAAAACCAGAAGAGAAGUCACAGCCUAUGAGUGAAAAUGACCUUUUAGAGGGUUUGACAGAAGGAUUCUCCUGUUCUCCCUCACCACCUGCACCAUUACCUACAUCGACUGUACUAAAGAAAUCCAAGGGUGGUGCCAAGCCUGCGGGUUCCUCGGAUGUGAUCUCUGCUGCUACGGUUUCCUCAGUGCACUCAGCAGCCCCUGCACCUUCUGCCACUGGAGGAAAAGAGAUGGAUGAAGCCUUGGAUCUCCUGUCUGAUUCCCUGGGACAGAGGGAACCUGACCCUGAUGAGAACAAACCAGUUGUGGAUAAAGUGAAGGAAAAGGCUAAAUCUGAACACAGAGACAAGCUUGGAGAGAAGGAUGAAACAAUCCCACCUGACUAUCGGAAACUUCUGGAGUCAGGUGAGCAGAGUAAACCAGCAAAGCCAACAGCAAAGGAUGAUGUGAAACACAAAGGAAAGAAGAAACCUACGGAUGACAGUGCAGCUAUUGAUGCCUUAUCAGGUGACUUUGAUACUUGUGCAAAGGCUCCUGCUACACCCCAGCACUCAAAGUGUAGGACAAAAGUGGAAAGGAAUCUACGACCACUAAACCAAGCUCAAAGGAUAAAGGAAAGCCCAGAGACCCUAAAACGGCAAAGGGACAGUCCUCCAGCAGCAAAUCUGAGAAGCAGAAAACAAGCUAAACGUUAACCUAGCCAGGAUCCUGCUGCAUCGUGUAAAAUGUCUUCUUUCUGUGGGUGGAUGAUUAUUCCUGAAGAACAAAAGCUGAUGGCAAAAGCACAUAGUUAUUCUGGGUGGUUUUUGUACAGUGAUACUUGCUGGACUUUUCCUCAUCUUUUCUUUUUUUCCCAGUAGUAGACUCAGGUUUGUUUCUUUCCCCCAGCAAUUCAGUUUAUUAAGUCUCG